UUUUCACUUCAAUUCCUUGGAACAAAACAGUCCCCGGCUUUAAGAAGAAAUUGAAUCUGCUAAAAUGAUGUACGAGGAUACUGAAUUUAUGUUCGAUUCUGCUUUUCUUGAUUCUAUUCAGCGAUUUUACUUUCUGGAUGAUUUUCACACUCCGGCGGAAACUCAGCAGGAUUUCUGCCGGAGUAGCAGUUCCGGGAGGAGCUCGUUUCCUUGUUUGGGUGAGAAUUGGGGGGAAUCGACAGUUCCCGGAGAUAAUAGCUCUGGGUGGAUGCCCGCGGUGGCUGCCACGGCGGCGGCGACGAGCGUGGUGAAGGAUGAGCCAGAAAUGGGGUUCAACGGGAUUCCGGGGAUUUGGGAUUUCACGGCGGCGUCUCCUCCGGAAGUGGAGGCGGCUGAGCCGGCGGCGGCGGCGGCUCCGCAAGAAGUAAUGCAGAAGCAUUACAGGGGCGUGAGGCGGCGGCCGUGGGGGAAGUUCGCGGCGGAGAUAAGGGACCCGGCCAAGAACGGCGCCCGCGUGUGGCUGGGGACAUACGAGACCGCGGAGGAUGCGGCGUUGGCCUACGACAAGGCGGCCUACCGCAUGCGCGGAUCACGUGCCUUGCUGAAUUUCCCGCUCAGGAUCAAUUCCGGCGAGCCGGAGCCAGUUAGAAUCACGGCGAAGAAGAGGCUGCCGUCGCCGGAAAAUUGUUCUCCUUCCUCUUCAGUGACGUGCGAGGAUGGCUGUCCUAAGAGGAGGAAGAAGCUUUCUAAAGCCACGGAGCCGGGUCGGGUCAUAUCAAAUUAAUCAACUAAAAAAGAGAUUUUUUUUUAUUUUUUUUUUGGGUAAUAUUAAUAUAGCAUGGUUGUCUGGUUGAUCUAUUUUUUUUUGGGCAUUUUGGCUUUAUGAAGCUAUCAAAAAAAUAUCGUACAAUUUUAUUUAUCUUUCUGGUAAAUUAGGAUUCAAA